UUAUCAUCCAAACAGACCAUUCAGAAAAUGCAGGAAAAUGGCAGUAGAGCUGAAGCCCUGCGCCUUCUGGGGAUGGCCGAGAAGCUUCUCCAAAACCGUGAUUUCAACGGCUCAAGGGAAUUCGCUAUCUUAGCCCAAGAAACCGAACCCUUUUUGGAAGGGUCGGAUCAGAUCCUAGCUGUCGCCGACGUCCUCCUUGCCGCCGAGAAAAAAAUAAACAACCACCACGAUUGGUACUCGAUCUUGCAAGUCGAUCGCCGAUCCGAAGACAUCGAUUUCAUCAAGAAGCAGUAUCGUCGCCUUGCUCUCCUUCUCCACCCCGACAAAAACAAGUUCCCUUUCGCCGAUCACGCCUUUAAGAUCGUAGCCGAUGCAUGGGCCGUUUUAUCGAACGCCUCGAAAAAAGCUCAGUACGACAAAAAAUUUGGGCUUUUCACGAGGAUUGACUUUAGCAGCUCCGGCGAUCCUUCAAAUCAGUCCGGGAAAUUACCGGUCACGAGAAGAGGACAAAAUCAGAAUACUGUGCCGCGGCGGUCGACGGGUUCUACGGUCCAUAAUGAAAAUCAAAGGCCGAAAUCGUCAACAUUUUGGACAGCUUGUCCGUACUGUUACAGGUUGUUUGAGUAUCCAGGGUUUUAUGAAGGUUGCUGUUUAAGGUGUCAGAAUUGCGAGAGAUCUUUUGAUGCUGUUUCAAUUCCGACACUCCCGCCGUUGGUGCCGGGAAAAGAAGCGUAUUAUUGUUGCUGGGGUUUUUUUCCGUUGGGGUUUUUGUCUGGGAAUCAAGACGAUGGAGGAAAAGGAAAACCAGCUACUGGAUCUCCGAGUUGGAUGCCUUCUAUGGUUCCAGGAGGCCAGCCAGAGAGUGAAAGAAAUGGAGGGAAUAUGCCAGCUCAGGCUCCAUCGCCGCCGCCGCCGCCACCACCACAACCACCAGCAGCUGCUCCUAAGACGACCGUGAAGAAGGUGGUGCAAAGUGGUAAAAAUGCUCCCAAUUCCACCCCAAGGAAGAGAGGGAGGCCAAGGAAGAAUCCCAUUUGAGGUUUGGGUUGGCUAUAAUAUAUAGUUGGUGUUGCUUCGAUUUAAAAGAACCUGACCGGAUGACAGGAGUGUUUCCGAGACAAAGACAGAUGAUGUUGCUGAACGGAGAAAGAAGGAUAAGGCUGAGGGUGAAACUCUGCUAUGCUGUAAGGAAAUUGUAGGUAUUGCUGUACUUUUUAUUGUUUUGUUUGUAGACUGUAGAUUGCUUUCAUGUGCUGGCUAGCACAUAGAUAAUUAUGUAACAUUUUGAUAUAUGCAGCUAUAACAAUUCAGCGAGUUGUUUAGGUACGGAUAUUGUGUA